CGAUGAGGCCAUGGCCCCCCGGCGUCUUCUCCUGGUUGGGGAGGGCAAUUUCUCUUUCGCGGCGGCUCUGAGCGAGACACUGGGUCCGAGCACCAGUGUGACCGCCACCUGCCUCCAGGGCCCGGCCGACUCGGCCCGGGAUCCGGCGGCCCGACGGAACCUCCAGCGCCUGCGCGAGCAAGGUAUCGAGGUACGUUUUGGUGUGGACUGCACCCAGCUGGCAGAUGCCUUUGAACUGCACGACAGGGAGUUUGAUCGAAUUUAUUUUAACUUUCCUCACUGUGGACGCAAAGCUGGAGUAGCUAAGAACAGGGAACUGCUUGCCAAGUUUUUCCAGAGCUGUGCAGACGUUCUUGCAGAGGAAGGAGAAAUCCAUGUGACAUUGUGUAGAGGACAAGGUGGGACACCAGCUGAUAAGCCCAUGAGAGAAUGGCACAACAGUUGGCAAGUGGUUGCCAUGGCAGCUCGGGGGGGAUUCAUUUUAAGUGACGUGCAUCCCUUCAGCUGUGAGGCUGUGCCAGGGUACAAGUGCACUGGAUAUAGGAGUCAAGCUAAAUCCUUUCAUGUGGAAGGUGCUUUGAAUCAUAUCUUCACCCAGAGCUUACCCUUUAAAGGUUCACAACCCAAAAUCUUUAAGAUCAGACUGGAUGACCAGUGGUUUUCCUUUCCAGAACCAGAAGGACUUGCAGGGAAGUUGAACAGAGGUUUCCUAGAAGCACCUUCAUCUCAUCCUAUCAGAACCAUAAAUGAGAAACUUAUUUCUGAAUUGGGCAAAGCUUUCCCUCUGAAAAGGCUGAAGUGCUCCUUCCCUUUGCUGCCACAAGGACCCACCAGUGUUCUCACUCACUGGAACUGUGACAUUCUAUCAGCUGCCUUUUGGAUUAGUCUUUGUGAAGAUAACUCAAAUUCUGAGUCCCUCCCUGGUGGGACGAGACAAGACAUGGAGGACUUUCUAGUAUCAUUUUCAGAACUUAGCCUUCCCGAGGCUCCUGGAAGAGACAGUAAGGAAGAAGCUCAUAAAGGAACCUAUGACCAAGCCAAGGUCUGCCUUAGACCUUCUCUCCUAGUUCAUGUUCAGACUGUCAUCCAAGCACCAGACUUCCUCCCAGGUUCUCUGCAUGUCCUUAGUGGACCUGUCUUUCGGAAGUGCCACAUCUUGCCUUUCAGAAUGCCAGCAUUUCACGAGACUUUACUUAUCCUUGGGUUUAAUAAAAAUCUGAAGGAUGGCUCUCUUCAAUCACUACUGGAUCAUCUAAAGGGCAUUCUGGAAAGCCUUCUGACCCAGAUAUCAUUGGAGGGCUCUAAACUGAGCAGCAGUUCAGUGGAAUUUGUUUUUCAACCAAAUGGGAAAGAUUAUAUGAUUAAUGUGAAGUCUCAUAAUUUUGGCCCAGGUUGUGCCAAGGAUCUGCUUAUCGGGUCUAUCACUACAUCUGUUCCAAGCAUUGUAAACAAGGACCAGUGUUUUGUGUUUGUGUCUAUGAACUUGGACCUAUUAGCCAUGCUUGUCUGGGCUAUCUCUGACUGGAGGAUGUUGUGGACCUUUGAUAACCGUUUCCUGAAGAAUUUUAUCCCUGGGAAAAUAGAACCCUUUAAAAGCUAUUCCCUAUAUCCUCCAUGCUAUGCACAUGAUAUUAGUUUUUGGAUAGAUGAGGAGAAAGGGUUUGAUGAAUUAGAGUUUCACACCAUGGCCCGAGCAGUGUCCCAGGACACUGUCACAUCUAUACAAUUCCUUAGUUGUUUUCAGCAUCCAAAGACUGAACAGGUUAGUCUCUGCUAUCGACUGACCUACCAGACCUGUGACAAGGCCCUCACCCGGCAGCAGGUGGCAUCAAUGCAGUCCCAGUUUAGAAAGGAGAUUCAGCAAAGACUACAUGUAACAGUUCGGUAGUUUAGUAAAUUUAUUCUCCAGUGUAAUCUUUUGGGUGUGGGUAUGGAUGAAAAAGACCAGUUUGUGCUGCCCAGUUGUCUUUUCUGGACUGUGAUUUUGUGAGCUCUUUUACCUUGUGACUAGCCAAUGUUGGUUUACUCUAAAAGAAACCUGUGACUCUAUCACUUAAACUUACAGACUAUAAUGUGAUUGGUGACUUUAAACUUAGAGGUUAUAAAGUGAUUGUGUAAUAUUUUGAUCCCGAGUAAUGACUAGGAAAACAAAACGGCAUAUUGUACUCUAGAUGUUUUCUUGCUGAAGUGGCAGAACUUGAGUAUCUUAUCAAAUCAAAUGUAUUUUCAACACUGUCAAUGUUUCUUCCCUUAACACUUUUGUAUCAUCUCACUUAGUCAACUUAUGAGAGUGGUUUUUAGAGCCAGCCAGACUAACAUUUAUUAGCAUGGGUAAGUUUCAGAGGUGCUCCCUAAUUAGUCUUGUUAUCAUCGUCAUCGUCGUCAUCAUCAUUUUUAUUCCGUGGUUGAAUACUGUUAAAGUCAUGAAACCAAUCAUUGUCAGGCUUAGAGCUCACACUUGGAUCUGUCUGAGUCUAAACCCCAUAUUCUUCCUUCCACUUUCUUUUACUUCUUCUUCCCUAGUCGUCGUCAGCAGUAACCUCUCAAAUGUGAUUAGCUCUAAAUUUUGGCCCCCUAAGAUUUUGGGGCCUUCUGUUUUAAGCAUCUAUAAGGGACACAGGGAGAGUGGCUCAGCCCAGGACUUGGCAGAAUGGACUAUUCUAAUGAGAAUUAAUGUAUGUUCCUGUUAAUUGCUAGGUUCCACAGAUUAAAAUUAUAAGCUCUGGAGAAAAUAACUCUCUUGUUCUUGUAUUUGGAGAAGAGCACAUGGGAAGCAAGAACAGAAGCAAAGAAACAAAUUAGGAGAUUACUAUGUUAAUGCAAAUGAGAGAUAAUGGUGACCUGGGCUAGGGUGAUAAGUUGUUUAACUGGGUAAUAUUUAGAAGGAUCUGCUGAUGAAUUAAAUAUAUAUGUGAGUGAAGGGUGUGGAGUGAGAGAAAUAGAAGAGUCCAGCAGGAUUCCUAGGUAUUUGGCUGAGCAACUGGAAGAAUAGACAUGUCACUAACUGGAAUAGGAAAAUGCACAGGAGUAAGCAUGGGGCACGGGUUUAGGAAUCAAGGGAACCCUUUUGGACAAACAUACUGCUUACCUCUCCAGAUAGACUAUCAGCUAAUUGAGGGCAGGUAAUGUGACUUACAGCUUUUUCCUAUCCCCAUAAUGCCUGGUACGGGGAUGAGGUAGCAUUUGAAGUGGAUCUUCAAACAGUAGUAGGGAUGUGGUGGGAGGAUUGUUAGGCAAGGAGUGCACUCAUUCUCGGCAAUGGACAUACGCGAGUGGAAGUAGAGAUGAAGCAGCAUUUGGGGCACCUUUCAGGCAGUGGGAAUAUAAAAUGUGUACAGGAAAGUAGUCAGAAACAAGGUUAGGAAAGUAGGCUUGGGUCAGUUCAGUCCAUGGAAAGACUGAGCACCAGAAUAAGGAGCUUAUACUUUGGAAGGAAAUAGGAAAAAUGGUGAUUUUUGAUUAACGAAGCAACACAGAGUAGUGCUUUUGAGAAUUAAUUGGAUGGUAUUGCACAGGAUGAACUUGAGAUGGGAGAUUCCUGUAAGGAUGCUAUUGUACUAGUCUGGCAGAGGCAGGGAGAGACUUGUAUUAUAGGGAAAUGAAAAGAGGAAUGAAAAGGAGAUGGAUAUUUGAGAUAUGGCUAAACUGGGAUAUCUGAACUUGGUAACUAAUACUUGUGUGUGGGAAUUGAGCAAUAUGAUCAAUCUCCAUUUUCAAUAUUUGGGAGCUGUUAGUAUGAAAUCUUAUCCUGGGACUCUGUCAGUUCAGCAUUUGCUCUAUAACUCAGUUACUGGUACAAGUCUCUGCAAAGUGGGACAGAACUCUGGUUGGAGAAGUGGGUGGGGUGUCAGGAACAGAUGAGUAUGUAACAGAGUGAAAAAGCUUGACAUCUCUGUCUUUAUAUUGUUUCUGCCUGCCUCCUUUGCUGCCCUUAUCUUAGGGUCAAAAAGCUUCUGCUUAGCCCUGCAUGUAGGCUCAUUAAUCAUCAAAGGGAAUUUUGGGUAUGACUUAAGAUUGAUGCAACCAGCCCCUUACCUGAAAUGCGCCUCCCCAGAGGAGAUAAAGAAGUUUUGUACAGAAGUAAUGACUGGAUCAUCAAGAAUCCAUAGGAACAAAAUGACUGGAGGUGUUAGGAAGGAAAGGACUCGGCUCGGUGUCACAGCGAAGUCAGAUAUAGUGAGACAAGAGACCAAAGUCAAGAAAGCAAAGUUAAGUUUUAAUAUACUCUACAUAGAGUAACAGAGUGGGCCUGCCUAAGAUAAGACAGGCAGGCAGUGGAUGCUCAUUCUGAGGCUUCUUUUAUGUGGUUUUUGGCAGGGCAGAGAGGUAUUUGAUGGACAGCUGUCAGCUCUCUAGGCUUGUUCUGAUUGGUGAAAUGGGGGCAGGGGCUGUGCUGUGGCCUGUGCCUCUGAUGUUUCUUAUCUGGAGGACCCUGGACAUUUCCUGAGUCACUCUUGGACCCUUUGGCUUCAUCUGGCUAACAGUUAUUUCUGGCUUUCUGGUUCUGUUUGAUCAACUCCCUGAGUCCUUUUUUAGGGGACCCUUUCUCCUUUUCAUCCCACUCAUUGCUGCUGUCUUUCUGCCUAACAGAGGCACCUAGCCAAAGACAAGAAGUGUCACAACUUUCCUCAGACCCUUGCUGACAUCCAGAUGUCUGAGGACGAUAGUCACCUCCUGACCUCAACCCCCUCUUGCUCCUCCUUCCCUAAUGUAAAAGGGUUGAAAUCAACCCUGAGUUAAGAUGUGCUUUAGGACUUAAGUCCGCCAUGUUCUCCAUCCGCUGGCUUUCCGAAUAAAGUCACUUUCCUUGA